UGGCCAUCUCCAAAGCCAGGCGCUUGUUCUUCAUAGACGCUGAUUUCUGCGCGUUCACUCUGGUUGUAAGGUCCAUUACAUCGGCCUGUUGAUGUUUCAGCAAACCGGUGAAACUGCGGGGUUGACCAAAUAGCUGGAUGUAUGCGAGUUGAAAGCGCGAGUCCGACGAACAGGGUACGUACGAAAAGAUCAGGCACAUGUGACACCCAACUGACUUUGAAAACAGAAUGUCUGUGAAUGCCCCCAGCAGCAGUGAUGCCUGUUUAAACAUCGUUCACAGUCUGAUGUGUCACCGCCAGGGAGGCGAGAACGAGAGCUUCGCCAAGCGUGCCAUCGAAAGUCUGGUGAAGAAACUCAAAGAGAAGAGAGAUGAGCUUGACUCCCUCAUCACAGCUAUCACCACCAAUGGGGUCCACCCAAGCAAGUGUGUCACCAUACAAAGAACGCUGGAUGGGCGAUUACAGGUGGCUGGGCGUAAGGGUUUCCCUCAUGUCAUAUACGCCCGUCUGUGGCGAUGGCCGGACCUCCACAAGAAUGAACUCAAGCAUGUUAAGUUCUGUCAGUACGCGUUUGAUCUGAAGUAUGAUAACGUGUGUGUGAACCCCUACCACUAUGAGCGUGUGGUGUCACCUGGGAUAGUGGGCUUCAGUUUGCCAAACACAGGCAGACUCAUAAAAGAGGAACACAUACAUGACUGCAUCCAGAUGGAAGGACCAUCAAGCAUGACCUUACAGCAAGAUCAUCAUCCAUCAGAUCACUACAGUCAGCCGCUGAGACUGAUGACUCCAGAGCUGCCUCCGCGGACCACGCCCCCAGUCACCAUCUACCCCAGCCUGCCCCUCUCCCCGACUUCAAGUGCCUCCAGGUUGUCCAUGCAGACAGAGCACUCUGAAGGACUGCUGCAGAUUGCCUCCCCUCCGGGUCAUGUCCUGACCUCCAGCUCUCCCCCUUCCACUCCAACACACAGUCACGCAUCCACACACAACCAGUGUCCCCCCAAGUCUCAACAAACCUCUGUCAACCAGAGUGACUACAGCACCUCCAAGCACACGCAGACACAGGGUUCAUACCACACACCGACUUGGACAGGGACCAACACAGCCUCUUAUACCGCUUCUGGAUCACAGCAGAAUGGGCGGAGUCAUCAGCAUGGCCCUCCUCCUCAUACCAGUCACUUUUGGUCUCAGCAUCACACACCAGCCUCGUACCCUCAACCAGUCUCAAACCAUCCAGGCCCAGAGUUCUGGUGCUCAAUCUCUUAUUUCGAGAUGGACGUGCAGGUGGGGGAGAUGUUUAAGGUUCUGGCAAAUUGCCCUGUGGUGACGGUGGAUGGAUAUGUGGACCCUUCGGGUGGGGACCGCUUCUGUUUGGGGCAGCUUAGCAAUGUUCACCGGACUGAUGCUAGCGAUAGGGCUCGGCUUCACAUUGGUAAAGGUGUUCAGCUAGAAUGCCGUGGAGAGGGAGAUGUGUGGAUGCGUUGCCUUAGUGACCACGCUGUCUUCGUGCAAAGUUACUACCUGGACAGAGAAGCAGGGAGAGCGCCAGGGGAUGCUGUUCACAAGAUUUACCCUGGGGCCCUCAUUAAGGUCUUUGAUCUUCGUCAGUGUCACAGGCAGAUGCAGCAGCAGGCAGCGACUGCGCAGGCAGCUGCAGCUGCACAGGCUGCGGCUGUUGCCGGGAACAUCCCUGGGCCUGGCAGUGUUGGGGGAAUUGCUCCAGCCAUCAGUCUGUCUGCCGCAGCCGGAAUAGGCGUUGAUGAUCUGCGCCGCCUGUGUAUCUUACGUCUGAGUUUCGUAAAGGGCUGGGGACCUGACUACCCUCGACAGACCAUCAAGCAGACACCGUGCUGGGUAGAGGUUCAUCUGCACCGUGCCCUGCAGCUGCUGGAUGAGGUUUUGCACACUAUGCCCCUAGCUGACCCUGGAGCAGCCAACUGAACCGUUUGCUGCAGAGAGGAAGGCUGAAAGUAUACACAUUCUGUUACUAAAACACAGAGGAAGGGAGACUUUGUGCUAUGCUAAGAUACACACCUGCACAGGCAAACACUGACUCAUAAUACCAGAAACACACAUAAGCAUUCAUGUCUUUACACAAAGUCUUUCCACAAUCUUGGCCAGCAAACUGCCUCUGAGCUGACCAGUGUUUAGUCCACUCAUGGAUGCUGUUGACUUUGUUGUCAUGGUAACUCAAACCAAAGGCCCCACUGAUGAGUUAACACAGAGGGGCAACCUUCGGAUUUCUAUGAUGAAGCCAAUACGGAUGUGACUUAAACUGCUUAGAGGCUGGCUCCAAAAGGGAGUCAAAUCCCAUAGACCCCCAUGUUAAAAUGCCCAACUUCACAGCAGGAAAUAAUAUGUUUACAGCCUGGUACAAAAAAUGUUUUUGGUCUAAAUAGCUAAGUUUGCCCUUCCUGACAACUGUGAGACAACAAAAGUUCUGCAUAAUUAAGGGCGUGGUUACUUGAGUGAUGGGUGAACUGCACUGCUGUCACUAGAGUCGAGCUAGGCGGGCGUGGUUUCAGCAACCAGCCACCUCAGCUUCACCCAUGUCCCGUCUCUUUACCUAUUUUCGGUUAUACGCAAGGGAUUUGCGGUGACGUGCGGCCUAUAUGGCGAUGGUAGGCACCGCCUACUAUUGGCUUCAAGAAAGCUUUUCACAAACCUAUGGGUGAUGUCACAGACACUACGGCCAUAUUUUUUACAGUCUAUGGUGAACAUAGAGGUCUAAAAGAUGUAAAUGAGGUUUUUCAUGCAAAUUUAAAAAUUAUCUCAUGAUGUACACACCCUCGUGCCAUCCCAGAUGUACAGUACUGUGCAAAAGUCUUAGGCCACCACCACCAAACUUGUUGUUUAAGAAUUUUAAUGUCCAUCCAUAUAUAUUUUUUAAUCUAUUUUAUUAAGAUACAAACAGAAAAUACAGAAAAUAUGUACAAAAAAAUUAAAUUUUCAGGACUAAAUGUCUUGGCAUCGUCGGCGUUUAGUGUGACCUCUCUUGGCACUAAACGCAUCUUGAGCUUUUUUGAGCAGAAUGAAGUAAAAAGACUAAUUUCUUUAAAAUUAGAAAUUAGGAUUUAAUUUUAUUUAGGUUUAAGAGAUCCUGCAGUUUCCUGCUAUUGCUUAAGUGGAAGGGUAGUUUACCCUAAAAACUUGACACAUCAGUUUACAGUUUAUACAGUUUUUAAUACUACAUACACAUUUCCUGUAUUUUCUGGAUGCAUUCUAUUAAAGGUGCAGUGUGUACAUUUUAGCGGCAUUUAGUGGUGAGGUUGCGAAUUGCAACCAACGGCUCAGUGCACUGCCCAACCCUCACUUUUGAAAUGCAUAAAGAAGCUACGAUAGCCACCACCGGACAAACAUUUCAUCGUCGGAGACAACUUAGUAAAAAAGUUUGUCCGUUAAGGGCUUCUGUAGAAACAUGGCGGCACAAAAUGGCGACUUCCAUGUAAGGGGACCCUCUGUGUUGGUAGAUAAAAACGUCUCAUUCUAAGGUUAUAAAAACAUAACGGUUCAUUUUAUAUUAUUUUGUAUUUUUUUCAAGACAUUCUUACACACUGCACCUUUAAAGAGACUGAGAACCAAUUAUAUAUGAUCACUGUAACAUUGCAAAAACAACAAAUCUAAUUCUGGCAUGGAGGCCUAAGACUUUUGCACAGUACUGUGUAUAUCUUCCUUUCUUGUGUUUAACACAAAUUAAUUUUUAUUAAAAUGUCAUGUUAUCUUCUUACACAGGAGCCAACAUGGCAAAGCUCCAAAAAUCACAUCCAUCCAUCAUUAAAGCAAUCCAAAUGACACCAGGUGUUUAACAAAUGUCAUCUAAAGCUAAACAUCUUUGUGUGACUAGUUGUCCACGUGUACUCUCACGAAAAUGUGUCAUUGAUGCACUACUACCAUAUUUGAACUUACUGCCAUGGAUAUACUUAAUAACCUCAAAAUAUUGUUUAUUAAGCUUCACAAACAAAUAUUUUUGCUUUAGGAAGACAUAUUAACCCUUUGAGUCAUUUAGAUUGCUUUAGUAAUUGAUGUAUGUGCUUCAGCAUGUUGAACCUCAUAGUCAGAUGAAAUUAUCAAAUUGUGUUUGAAAGAAAUUCAUAUAUAUCUGGGCUGGCAUGAGGAAAUGAUAAGAAACUUCAUAUUUAAAGAGUCGGGCUUGCGUUUCACAGCCAUCAGGUUGCGACUGGUGUUCCCCUGGAGCAAAGUACCUGUGUCCCAAUGCUCCUCGGGCACUGCAGUGAAAGAUGCCCACUCCUCCAGGUGGGUGUGUGUCUACGACAUGUGUUCCCUAUUCACUGAUGGGUUAAAUGCAGAGGUCACAUUCCAAGUAUGGGUUAUCAUCAUUACGUCACUUUCAUAAUGAGGUAACAGAAUGGUUAAAAUGUACUUGUUUUGAUAAAAAGGCACAUAAUUUUAAUGUUUUCAACAAUCCACUAUAUUUUUAUAUCUGUCAGACCAAAGAAAAAGCAGGAAAACACCUUGCACAGGUGUCCAAUGCAUCACAGGGUGACCAAAGAAUCUGUAGCUAAUAUAAAUUUGUUAUGAAUACCAUCAUAAUUUAUGAUUCAGUGAUACUGAAAUAUUUUUUGGUUACAAGUGGAUUUACAUCUGCUGAGCUAUUAGUGAUAUUACACAAACACUUUGAUUGAUUAGGACAACUAGCGGUUAUUUAAGGUAUUACAUUCACUCAGAUAUGGGUUCACAUUCAUAAAUGCAUAUUCAAAUAUUAAGAAGUUGUUUUAUUAUACCACUUUAAGGAAUUAAGUGGCAUCUUUCUGCUAUAGGCUAUGAACCAUGACAGAAUUAGUAUUCUUACUAAAAUGAGUGAAAGGCACAUUUUAAUAUGAAUUUACAUCAGCCAAAAUUAAAAUAGCCUAUAGCGAACACCAUGAGACAUGUUUUAAAAAAAUGAACAAAUACCAAGUUGCCUUAAUGUAAUUUUUAGUGUAAUCUGAUCUGAGAUCUGCGCAAAACUGUUGUAUGUUGCUUUAUUGUAUGUCUUAAAUUAUUUUCAUAAUUUAAUCAAUGUUUUCUGUUCUUUAUACACAAAUGUAUCCCGCCAAGACUUUAAAGUUUAAACAUGAUAUUUUUCAUGGUUUUCUU